AUGACAGCUCAAGAUACACUGAAAAGAGAAGAAAAGUUCUUAGGUCUCUUUAGAAGAAUAUGCGUGGGAAAUAAAGUAGUGUUUAAAGCUGUGAUAGGAUUAUUUCUAGGAAUCGUAAGAACACAACUAGAUUUAGCAAACGAAGUAUUCAAAGCAGAUAUAAGUGUAAAAAAUGGAGAUCUUCUCAAGGCAGAAUCUAUUUACAAAGAGAUCUCUCAGUAUUUCAGAGACAAUGAUGUUUUUCGAAAAAAAUACGCCGAGUUCCUUAUGGCCAAGGGAGAAUAUGGCGAAGUAAUAAAAGGAUUUGGAAAGGAUCCGGAAAUGAAAGAAAAGGUCAAGAGAGCUAACGAAUGCUUGUCCAUACUGGUUAGCAAUAACAUAAGGCUUAUUGCUACAUUGAUAAAAGAAAGCCCAUACUCCAAACUCGUCUUGGAAGCAUACAUCCAAGUGUGUCUAGUAGAUGAGAAACUGGAGGAGGCAGAGAAGUUCGUCAAAAAAUCAAGAUCUUUGUUUCCAAACGAACCUGGAUUUGCACACCAGGAAAUGCAAUUGUAUUUCUUGAGGGGGAUGUUCUCUCCCGGUAUCAAAGCACUGAAUAGCCUAGAAUACAAGGAAAUGGCGUCUUCAUUUGCCUCUAUUCUGGAGUCCUACGAAUGGAUAAAAAGGAGUAAUCUAAACAGUAAAGAUAAGUGCAAGAGGUUGGAUAAGUUGGUAAGGACUAUUUCAUUGAUCGAAAGUGACAGUAACUUCUUCCCAAGUAUUUUUUCAACUUUGAAGUUGAGUGUGAUCUUUGAUCUGUGCAAAAGUGGAGUCGAAGGUGGAGUGCAAGGAUUAUCAAGUAGAGCUCGAUAUCUUUAUUCAAAAAGAAACAAUGAGGACACAAUGUAUUUGUAUAUCAUGGCACUGAUUCUUGAUGGAAAUAUCAAGGAAGCAGAGGAGAAGUUUAAUCUGUUUAAAUUCCGCAAUAUGAAGCUUAAAAAUCACAUCUCACAUCGUCUACAAAUGGUAAAGGAUGAAAGAGAGAAGAAGAAAAGAGAGAAAGAAGAAAAAAAAUAUAGAAGGCGUGGAUAUACAGAAGAAAACUACGGUGGGAUGCCCAGAAAUAAAGGAGACUUCCUAGGAUAUUACAAAACACUUGGAUUCAAGGAAGGUGAAAGACCUGAUGAAAAGGAAAUAAAAAAGGCAUAUCGGAAGUUAGUUGUUGAGAAUAAAAAAAAGAAAAAGAAUCCACAAGAAGAAAAGGAAUGGGAAGAAAAUUUCAAAAAGCUUAAUAAGGCUUUUGGAGUGCUUAGAGACAAGAAGAAGCGAGAGAUGUAUGAUAAGGGAAUAGACCCCGAUAAUCCUCAGCAAGCUGCAGCAGGCUUUGGGAACGAUCCAUUCCAGGAAAUAUUCAGAGGAUUUGGGAAUUUCGGUUUUUUUGAUUUUCCAGAUCAAAGAAGAGGUAGAAGAAGAUCUACAACAACAUAUUUUUAUUUUUGA